AUGCUCGGCAUGGGUGGAGAGGGGCGAGCAGAGGUUGGAAGCGGUGGCGGCAGAAAGGGGAGGGCGCGUAUAGGGUGUCCCGGUGGCUGUGGUGGCAGUAUGGGUACCAGCAGCGCUGGUCUCAGUGCUAGUGUUAGCAGCGGCGGCAACCGUAGCUGUCGUGUUAUUAGCAGCCGGGUUAGGAGGAGCAGGUGUAGUAGCACGUGUGUUAGUAGUGAGUGUGCUGGUAGUGGAUGUGCUAGUAGAGGAAGCAGCGGGGCUUGUAGCAGUAGUAGCAGUGGCAGCACAGUUGAUAGCAGUGGCAGCAUCGACGCUGGCAUGCUUUCGUCCAUCGCGCCUAUGUCUGCACACCGCCGCGCUGCUCCUGCUCCUGCUCCUGCUCCUGCUGCUCCUUUGAUAGUUUGCAGCAGUACCGAAGCAGCUCGUAGCAAGCGAGCGCUAGAGCCCGCACACCCCCUUAGAAGAAACGGCAGGCGUGGCUCGUCCCCUGCGUUGGCUCAUCAGCAGGCGCCACAGACCACGUUCAAGUCACAUCGAAAGGAGACCGGGGAGAGCAACUCCGGGGGGGUGGAGAGGGGUGGUGAGCGGUUCAGCGGACGACGGCUGCAGGCCGGACGAGCAUGGCGGGGGAGGGUUCGAACAGGGGGGUUUGUGCACUGCUCUGUGCUCUCGUGGAAUGUGUGGGCGGCCGUGUUAGCUGUGGCUGCAGUGCUCAACAGCAGCAGCAGCGCGUUCUUUGGCCCCUUGGUUGCAGCGGCUAGUAAGGCCCCCUUGGAUAGUCAAAGUACGUACUUUCCUCCUCGACCGCCUUUUCCUCCUCGUUCUCCUCCUCCUCCUCCUCCUCCUCCUCCUCCUCCUCCUCCUCCUCCUCCUCCUCCUCCUCCUCCUCCUCCUCCUCCUCCUCCUCCUCCUCCUACUGCGUUCCCUGCCGUUCCUAUUCCCUUCUUCCCGAGUACUUUGCUUUUCCCUGUCCCGGCACUCCUCUCUCCUGUUCCUCUCCAUGUUGCUUGCCCUCUCUCCUCCUGCUCGCCACGUCCAUACCUCUCCCACUGCACCUCACGUUCCCUGCGUUCCCCCCUCCCCCCCGUCCGUCUGCCCUCUCCCCCGCCCUUCUCCCCUCCCUCUCUCUUCCAAUCCCCGCCCACUGCUUUCCGACCCCAAAUUCUGGAGGCGCUGAAGAAGGAGUGGGGAUCCGCGUUCCCAGCGGCGGCGUCGUGGACAGCGGGAGCGGCGUGCGAUGCGCUGGUGGGCGUGGUGUGCGACGAGCACGACGACUUCAUCCAGAGCCUGGUGCUGGAUUCGCAGAACAUCACAGGGUUUAUCCCAGGGGCCAUCACAGGGCUCAUCGCCCUCAAAAUGCUAUCCCUCAGAGACAACCAGCUCAACGGUGACCUGCCAUUCUUCCUCAACAUCCUCGGAUCUCUCACAGAAUUGGAUGUAGGGAGCAACGAGUUAACGGGAUCCAUACCUCCUGCACUGUCCGUUCUCACCAAUCUUCAGAAGCUGCAUAUUGGGAGCAACGAGUUAGACGGGUGGAUACCAGCAGAUUUGAGCAGACUCACCUCCCUUACCAGCCUGGACUUGAGUGGCAACCAGCUCGCUGGACCCAUACCUCCGGAGUUCUCCGCCCUGACUGGGCUUCAAGAGCUGCAGCUGCAGGGCAACCGGCUGACAGGCAGCUUGCCUGUGGAGCUCAGCGUGCUCACCUUGCUCUCCUCGCUCGCGGUGUCCAAUAACCUGCUCUCCAGCUCACUUCCUAUGGAGUACGCGUCGCUGUCUAGCCUGGAGAUCCUAUCGCUUGACAGCAACCGCUUCUCAGGCCCUCUAUCCGACUCGUGGACUCAGCUCACCGUGCUUCAAGAACUCCGUGCGUCGCGCAACCAACUGACUGGCGUUAUCCCAAUCUCGUGGGUGGGAUUUGUUGCUAUGCGCAUCCUGGACCUGUCGUACAACGCACUGUUUGGCAGCAUCCCCGAUGUGCCAUCUACUUCGAGACUCACGCAUUUUCUACUGAACGACAACCAGUUCACAGCAAACUUCCCCGAAAUCAACGCGGCUAAGAUUGUCACCAUAUCCAUGGCGAACAACCUCGUAGGCGGCGGCUUUCCUGCAUCCUAUUCCAGCCUUUUCAGCCUCCAGAACCUCAACAUCAGUUACACCAGGAUGCCAGACUCCGAGAUCCCACCUCUAACCGGAUUCGCCUCACUCAGAGUGCUGGACAUGUCAGGAAUUGGGAUGAGUGAUGUCUUCCCUUUAUUACCGCCAUCGCUGCUCUACCUAGACAUUUCAGGAAAUAAUAUGAUUGGAAAUGUUCCUGGAUUACCUCAAACACUGCAACACCUGGACUUGGGAGGCAACAUGAUGCUGAAUAAUUUACCCAACUCCUUUUCCAGUAUCAGGCGACUCUCCUUCCUGGCACUGGACAACUGCUCUUUCAGUAACAGCGACGUGCUGCUCCUCUCCGCCAUCGCCUCACUCAGCCACUUGUCAUUGAGUGGCACCCCCAUCACAACGAUACCUAACCAGCUCAGCCCACUCACUGCCCUCACCGCUCUGCAUGCGUGCAACACCAAAAUGGCUGGUGCCUUCCCUACGGCCCCUAUUUUUUCUUUUACUAAACUUGUGGACCUGAAUCUUUGCAGGAACCGUCUUGGCCCUGUUUUUCCCAGCCAGCUGACGAAACUGUCUGCACUGGCCACCCUGAACCUGGCAGACAACACAUUCACAGGGAGUUUUCCCGCCGCCAUACUCUCAUUGCCUUUCCUGCAAGAAGUCAACCUGAAUGGCAAUGGCUUUGUCGGUAUCACCUCGCAAUCCAUUGCAACCAUUGCUGGCAAGCUCAAGGCUCUCAACUUGGGCAACAACAAACUGACAGGAGUUCCCCCCGUCCUUUCCUCCUUUGCUCCCUCCUUGCAACACCUGGAUGUGAGUGGCAACAGCAUCUCCGUGCCCCCUGACAUUGUCACCUCACUCACAGUCUUGCGCCACUUGGACCUGAGCCUCAACAACAUCAUGGGCUUUUUCCCUGGGGCCUUCGUAGCCCUCACAUCGCUCCAGCACCUGGAUGUCUCUCACAACAAUUUCACGGGAAUGCUACCGCUGCUCACUGCUCUCACCCGCUUGACAACCAUCAAUCUGGGUUACAACGGCUUUGUUGGGCCUGUGCUGACGACCAUGGGCAGUGUCAGCAACCUGCAGGAGAUCAAUCUGCAGAGCAAUCUGCUGGAGGGGCAGCUGACCGGGAGCUUCACUGACUUCUCAGUCCUCAAGUCACUUGCAAUCUCUGGCAACCGCAUUCAAGGGUCUCUACCACUGGAUUACAGCACAUUCACGGGCCUGGAGCACCUGGAUUUGAGCAGUAACGUGUUUUUUGGAGGCCUGCCUGGGACAUGGAGUCAGCUCACCAGCCUCAAAACCUUGAACCUCUCUCGCAAUGAACUGGAUGGCAGCAUCCCACAGUUGUGGAGUCUCCUCACCAGCCUCACUGCUCUCGAUCUGUCGUACAACAGGCUGGUUGGCAAUCUGCUGGCGUUUGAAGUGGAGCCCAUGGCCAACCUUGCACACAUUCGUCUCAACGACAAUGCUUUUUUGGGUGACCUGCCAACACAAUUCGCAGAUCUCACCAACCUUCGCUCCCUGUCCCUCAGUAACAACCUCUUUAGUGACGCUUUCCCAGGUUUCCUGGGCAGUUUUCCUCUCCUCACUUAUGCCAACGUGAGCCACAACCAGCUCUUUGGAUCAUUGUCAGAGAGGCUCUCAUUCGCCACUUCUCUUCAAGUGCUGGACCUGUCUCACAACCAGAUUGACGGGAAUUUGGAACUCUUGCCAACUUACAGUGUCAAUACUCUCAGAUACCUGGACCUCUCAUACAACAAGUAUGAAUGUGAUCUGCCCGUGGAUGUCACAGCCAUGAAACGCUUAGAGCAUCUUGACCUCAGAGGCAACCUCAUUGCGGUCCCCCUAUCUCCCACCAUCUCAAAACUGCGCUCACUCACCUUCCUAGGGCUGAGCAACAGCACACUUGAGGACAUGCUUCUCCUCGUCUCCUUCACCGACCUCAAACACUUGUCGCUGGGUGGCUCGGGCAUCACAUCGCUGCCCAACCAGCUCAGCCUACUCACGGGCCUCACCUCACUGAACGCCUCUGGCAUUGGUCUCACCGGCCCCUUUCCGCCCUACAUCGUCAACUUCCCUGGCCUCGUUUACCUCAACCUGUCGAACAACUACAUAAGUGGCAACAUACCUGAUAAGCUGGCCUCUCUGGUCAAUCUCACAGCACUGAGCCUAGAGAACAACAGGCUUCAAGGCGACAUUCCAGGGAAGCUCCUGACGCUGCCCCUGCUCAAGACAAUGGUCCUUCGUAACAACGCUCUUACGAGCAUCACUCCCCCUGGGCCCAUCACGGCUCCAUCGCUCGAGAUCCUUGACCUGGGCUACAACAGGCUGGCUGCCAUGCCAGACUCACUCUUCUCCCUCACCACCCUCCAGCAACUGUACUUGAAUGGCAACGCCAUACCAGGCACUAUCCCAAUGACGUUCUCGGUUCUGGUCAAUCUUGACACCCUGUGGCUCAACAACAAUCAACUGUCUGGGACCACCCCCCCCCUCCUCGUCACCAUGACCCAGCUUCGGGUGCUGAACUUGGGUAGGAACCUGCUGACGGGAGAUAUUUCUAGCAAUGUUUUUCAGGCCGCAGACAGGGCGAUGAUCACCCGCUCUGCAACCCGUGUGUCCAAGGCUGCUGCUGCUGCUGCUGUGGCUCACCCGUCUGCCGAUGGCGGUCCACCGAAGCUGGAGAGCCUGUGCCUUGGCGACAACUUCCUGAGUGGCUCCUUUCCCGAUGCACUCAUGACUUUCAAUCGCCUCAAAGACAUUCAGCUGCAGAACAACCGACUAUCUGGGUCCAUCCCCAACGUUGCCCCUUUAAACCUCCUCACAAAUCUUCGUCUCGCUGACAACAACCUCUCAGGCACCAUACCAGAAACCAUUGGCGGCCUCCUGCUGCUCGAGCACCUGGACCUGAGUGGGAACCGCCUCAGUGGAGAGAUUCCAGAGGACUUCACAGGCCUUGUCAAGCUCACAGUCCUCAACCUGCGGGACAACCAGCUCACAGGACGCCUGCCCGACCCUCCCCCCAACAUCGUCCAGUACCAGCUCGACAAAAACUUCUUCACACAACCCUUCUCCUCCCAGCCCGACUGCUCCGUCUUCUCCGUCCGCGGCAACUGCGUCCCCCAGUCCGAUCCCUCGCUCACCUGCCCGGGAGACAAGCAGAGGCUUCCCGAGGCCUGCUCGUCCUUCUGCGGCCUCUCUGCCACAGACCCCCCGUGCAACGGCCACGGGGAGUGCUUCCUGGAGGGCCCUAACAAGGUUCCGGUGUGCCAGUGCGACGUGGGGUUUCAGAUCGGGGAGUACAGGGGCAGCUGCGUGCCUGUGGUGGGUGGGUCGGCGCUCUUAACACUCCAGCCUGUGGAGGUGCUGUCUGCACUGACCGCAUCUGGGAGUGCAAGCGUGGAUGGUGUGGCAAAGUCGUUCACUCUUACGCCAAUGGAGGCGGGCACGAGCGGGGCAGUGUUCCUGUUGGAACGCGUACCGCUGUUCUCCUACCAGCUCAUCGCAGACGGGUGUGGGCGCGAGCUCGCCUUCUCCUCCUCCUUCUCCUUCACUCUUACUCGCUCAGCAGCCUCCGGCACUGAUGGGUUUGCCUUUGUGGUGGCGUUUGAUGCCAUGGCCCCAGUAGAGGCCGUGGCAGGCGGCAUGGGGUACGCAGGGAUGGCUGCGCGCAGCAUCGCAGUGGAGUUUGACACGUGGCAGGAUGGGGGGAGCAGCGGCAGCAGCAGGAGCAGAAACAGCAGCAGCAGCAGCAGCGGCAAACCUGCUGGGAACCAUGUGGGAGUGAAUGUGAACGGCAGCCCGGUAUCCAUAGCCGCAGCUGCUGCCCCCACGCCGCUCAACGACGGCACUCCAAAGUACGCCUGGAUCGAAUACGACCCCUCCGCUUCUGCCGAUGCAGCUGCUGCUGCUCCUGCUGCCACUGCUGCCGGUGCAGCUGCUGGCACCCUGCGCCUCUUCCUCUCCUCCACCCGCUCCCCGCGCCCGUCCAAGCCGGUGCUGUCAGCGCGCAUCUCCCUGUGCGACGUUCUCCAGCCCACGCGCCUGGAGAGCACGUUUGCGGUGGGCUUCACUGCGGCAUCGGGCAGCCAGGCACAGAGGCAUGCCAUCUCGUCCUGGAACUUCACCACACGUUUCCCACAACCACCCUCCAAACGUGGUGGGGUAUCGCUGGGGCUGCGGGUGAGCGAGGCAGCAGUGAGCCCGGGGGCGUCGGGCAUGAACGCGCUCUUCCGCUACGCCAGCUCCGGCAUCCUGCCUACGCUGGAGAGCGGCGACGACAGGGACCAGUACGCCGUGCGCCUCACCUCCACGUGGCUCGUCAAGGACCUCUUCUGGCCCGUCAAGACGCAGACUGCCUGCGGCGACUGUUGGGCGUACGCGGUGGUGGGCAGCAUAGAAGCCGCCUACAGCAUUCUGGCGAACCUCACGGUGGCGCCGCAGCUAUCAGCACCGCAGCUGCGCUCCUCCAUGCGCGCCGACUGCCAGGGCGGCUCGCCCUCCCAGGCCUUCGCCUUCCUCCUCAAAUCCGCCCGCUCUGGAAAGGCGCCAACGCCUCGGAGCGGUGUCAGGGGACGCAGCAACGCGGUGGUGGUGCCUCGGGGAAGGAAUCGCACUGCAAGGGCAGCGAAGCUGGCAGGGAGGAAGAGGCGCCUUUUGUGGAGGCGGCGGCUCGGCGGUGGUGCGGCGGGGGGUAGUAGUAAGGCGGUGCUUGCUUGGAAGGGCGCUGCUGCGAAGCAGGGCAGGAGUCCGCUUUGCAUGGCUCCGUUUGUUCCGCUGCUCAAGCUGCUUGGAAUCAGCUGCGAUGGCAAGGGUGCCACUAAGCAGCAGGCACUGUCAGGUGAUUUCUACAUCAGGGGAUUCGAGUCCACGUCAUUCUACGGCUGGUUUGGCCUGCUGCUGGCAGUGCAGCGGCAGCCAGUGGUGGUGCAAAUAGAGGCAACGGCACAAUCCUUCAAAGAUUACGAUGGGCUGUCCAAGUACCAGGACCCUGAUUGCUUCACGUACAACCUGAACCACGUGGUGCUGCUGGUGGGGUACCGCCUGGUGGGCAAGGACUCGCGCUUCCCCCACAUGGCGCCACCUUAUUGGAUCAUCCGCAACUCAUGGGGGCCUGACUGGGGCGAUGGGGGCCACAUGCGCAUGGACAUCCAGGGGGGGAAUGGCGUGUGCGGCAUCAACACUCUGCCGGGCAUCUACCCGAUUGUCAGAGCGGUGUCGGACCCAUGCAACACAGCAGCAAGGAACGACUCCUCAGGGUCGCUCUUCAACCCGUGCGGCAACUUCACGUGUGUGGUGGAGGGCAGCACCAACCGCUGCCUCUGCACGGACUCCCGGUUCAUUGAAGCCACCAAUGCAGACGGCUCCCGCACUUGCGCUUAUGUGGACGUGUGUCGGGUGUCGUUCCGCAACCCGUGUGCGGUGGGCACGUGUGUGAAUGACGGGGCGGGGUCGUACUCGUGUGUGUGUCCACCGGGCUUCAGGCAGGGCACCACCGUCGAUGGCACCUUCUCCUGUGCUCCAGGUGACACUCGAUCACAGUACACAGUCCUGGCGCCCAACAUCUUCUGUACAGACAUCUAUCCGCUCUACGGGCUCUCCCUCACCAACUUCACUUCGCUCAAUCCCAAUGUGAACUGCAACGCGCCCCUGCCCGUUGGCCUGGUGCUCAAUGUCGUUCCCAAGCCCGGACUCGCCCCCUGCUCGGUCUUCUACACCACUGUCCAGGGCGACACGUGCCACUCUAUCGGGCAGUACUUCAACCUCAACAACUGCCUCGGCACGGAGCCCUCCUGCACCACAGCCUUCAACAGCCUCAACCCAGGGCUCGACUGCAACGAGCAGAUGCCGCCGAACCAGGCGGUGUGUGUGGAGCGGCGAGCAGGGGCAGGAGGAGCGGGGGGGAAGGGGCAGGUGAUCCCGGUGUGCUCGCAGUACUAUCUGGUGCAGAGUGGUGAGACGUGCGAGUCCAUCCGCAACGUGCCCAACCCGCCUCUCUCCCCGCUCGACUUCUUCCGCCUCAACCCCGGCAUCAAGUGCGAUCGCCUCGUUCCCGACGCUGCUGGCCUCGACUUGCACACCGGCUUUGAGGCGUGCAUACAGGUGUCAGGUGAAUACACUGCCGGCCUAGCAGGGUCCCUUUAG